CAGAGUCGUCCCGAACGAACCCAUCCACUCUUCUUCGCUCAAUCCUCUUCUCUAUCCCAUCACUAACUCUCCCUUAUCCUCUUGCUUCCUAUCGGCCACACCGCGCGAAUCCUUCCUCUCGUCCCCGCCGGUUGUUCCCCGGCGUUUGGCUGGCCCUAUUCCUAGCGGUGGAGGUAUACACUGUGGAUCCGACAAGGGGCCGCCAUGGAGGAGGUCACAACGGCGACGCUUCCUUUAUCCCCAUGCGAGGAGAGGAGGAGCUACAUCGGCGUAGUGCGGUGGCGUUCCCUUCGUCUCCGUGUGAGGAGAGGAGGAGCUACAUCAGUGUCGUGCGGCGGCGUUCCCCUUCGUCGCCGUGCGAGAGGAGCACCCUUCGGCUCCGACGCGAUCAAAGAGACGAAAGCCAUGGCGGGGUUGCAGCGACUCGCGGAGCCUACUCGCGACGUCCAGACCGGCCUGCUGUCGGCACGCUCUGUGCUGCAGGUGCUCUUCUCGGAGCACGGCGAGCUCAAAUGCCUCGAUGAGUUGGGCGCCUCCUUCUGUGGCGGCGGGAUCCGCUCGGCGCUGGACCUCAACUCCGGCAGCGGCCGCUGUCCAUACAAGCCCGAGGCCCUGGUGCAGUACCAGGGAGAUGCGCCACCUGCACGAGGACAUCGCAGGCGAUUCUCCGAGCGGAUGGUGUUUCGGUCGGGCGACGCGGACGGCGCCUCGGCGGAGGCGGUCGGCUGGCGGUGCGGUCUGCAGCGGGGCGCUCGCGGUGGGGCGUGCCGCCCGAGGGGCGGCCCCUCGUCCCGUCCUUCUCCGGCAGCCGGUUCUGGGCGCUGGAGGGGGUCGACUCUGACAUCGACGACGACGAGGUUUGUAGUCAGCAAUGGGCUCCGUUGGGAAGACAACAGGACUCUGAUCUUCACUGCCAAGCGAUCUACCGUCUUCGCUCCGUCUACUCCGAGUCCCGAGCCCCGUCGUCCGAUCAGUUGGCUGCCGCAUAGGGAUGGGCAGCCCCUUUAGGUCCUCGCUCCCCCCGAGCCUGCGCGCUCGUUGUUUGGGCUGUUUUUGCCUUGUACCGCUCCUUAUUUCGCUCGUCUCGCGGUCGUUUCCCUAACUUAUUGCCUCUUUUGGCGCCGUGUGUUGGUCCUGUGGUUGUGAUACUCUGCCUAUGUUGUGGGCUUUAUUAAUUUAAAGCCGGACGUCCCUGACGUCUAUGUUCUAAAGAGGACAUCGCAGGCUACAGGUUCUUUCGUUGGACAUUUUCAGUCAUGUAUUAUCAGUUGGGGUGCUGUUUGCAUCAUCUGACGAUGAUGUGUUUUGAACAAAGUGGACAGUUGAAAUUUCCGUAUGCAAUCAAAUUAGGUAGUUUAUUUUUCCA